ACAAAAGCUCGUCUAUGAGCAUGGGUAUCACCUGUGGAACAUGGCAUGGCUCAAGACACGGUGGAAAGGGAAUGCUAAGACAAUGCAAGCCAUCAUUGGCUAUUCGUGGUCAAAAUAGCUCUUCAGUAUGCAGUGUGCAGUGAACCACUAGUGAACUUCAAGAGGUGAUUGCCCUUCCUCUAAGUCCAAUAUACAAGGCUAAUCAUAAUUGUGAUUAUGAACUUGUAAAUGUCCGCGCAGCAUUCUUUUAUUAAUUUCCAAAGGAAAUUGAUUUAAAAUGGAGUGUUUCUGUUCCAAAGUAUACUCUGUACACUGCAAAAUUGUGUUCCUGGAUGAGACUGAGUUAGUUCACGAGAUACAGAAUAACAGUACGGGGCAAGCUUUGCUGGACGUAGUCUUUCGCCACCUUAACCUCUUGGAGACAGCUUAUUUUGGACUGCGGUACCUCGAUCAAAAUGGGCAGACGCAUUGGUUGGACCCCACGAAAAAAUUAAACAAGCAAAUCAAAGGACCCGAUCCCUACACGCUGUAUUUCGGUGUUAAGUUCUACGCAGCCGACCCUUGUAAACUGUUGGAAGAGAUCACUAGGUACCAAUUUUUUUUGCAAAUCAAGCAGGAUAUCUUGCAAGGACGUCUGUUGGUUCCCUUCGAGCUAGCAUCAGAGUUAGGUGCUUAUAUUUUACAAUCGGAACUAGGAGACUACGACCCCAGGAGGCACAGUCCCGGAUAUGUAUCGGAAUUCCGCUUCUUACCAAAUCAGAGCGUGGAACUGGAGAUGCGUAUGGCUGAACUACACCAAACCUUGAUCGGACAAUUACCGUCUCAAGCGGAAAUGAAUUACUUGGACAAAGUUAAGUGGUUGGAAAACUACGGAGUGGAUCUACACCCCGUGUUGGGUGAAGAUCACGUGGAGUACUUCCUAGGACUGACACCAAGUGGUAUAAUAGUGUUACGCAAUAAAAACACCGUUGGAAACUACUACUGGCCUAGAAUUACUAAAAUAUACUUCAAAGGCAGGUACUUCAUGCUGCGAGUGACUGACAAGAACAAUGACGAGUGCACAUAUGGUUUCGAAACUCCAUCGAAGUCCGCAUGUAAACAUCUGUGGAAAUGCUGUGUCGAACACCACGCUUUCUUUAGAUUAGUACAAGUAACCCCCACGUCCCCUGACAUUUUCGCGCUCGGCUCACGUUUUAGAUAUAGUGGUCGUACGGAAAAACAAGCCGUUAGAGAUGCUCAGAUGAAGCUAAGACAACCCCCUACGUUUUCCCGUAAACCAUCGAGAAAGUACUCGAGGAGACUUAACCUCACAAACAACGAGCCCCCUGUAGUGAAUGACCCCGUGAAAUCACCUUACGCCCAAGAAGUGAAGCAUAUAUCUCUCCCCUUACCUGCGGACAAUUUUGAAAGUGUAUAUAAUACGAAUACGUUAACUAGUAUCUCUAAUACCAAAAAAUUCGAUUCCCCACAUAGUACGAGAAGUGCUCCUUGGUCUCAACCCCUCUCCAAAGGCUUAUACAAUAACAGUUCUGCACCUCCUAGUCCUCGCUCCGUUAGAUCAGGUAGAUAUAGGUCCUCUUCCGUGGACAGUCAGAGUUCUAACGAUUCGAGAAAUUGUAAAAAGAGAAAACACAGAAGCAGGACCUCGGAUAAUGAAAGUGAGCUGUCGAAAAGUUCUUCGAGGUCCAGGAGGAAGCACAGGAAGAGAAAAUCGAGAAGCCGGAAAGAUUCCGGUUCAGAAUACGAUUCUAAGUCUACAGAACGAAGAUCUAGUCGAUCCAAAUCCGAUAAUUAUUACGAAUUAGUUGAUUCCGGACUGCAAUGGCAAGAAGUGCAAAAGAACAUCUCCAGAGACAGUAACUCGAAUAGUAUCCAACAAGCUAAUGUGAUCAGUAGUAGGAAAAACAACGAAAGGAAGCCUGAACCUGGAGACUACAACAGCACGGGAAGGAGAAACAAACAUAGAAAGCACAGGUCACGAUCACGAUCACCAGGGGACUCCAAACCCUGGCUAUCGAAUGAGUUCAAGAAGCAUUUGGAGUUUGACCUCGUAGAGACUACUGGAUUGAGUGAUUUACAACUUAAAGAAAUACCGUAUACAGUUGUCCAAACGAACUAUUCCAAGCAUGUUAAAUUAAAACACUCAAAUUCAACAAAAAGCGACGAUAAGAGUCGUACAAGCACGCUUUCCUCAUACUCACACCAUUCGCAUCAUUACAACGACAAAAACCCUAGCUACAACCAUCACGGUUUGUUGAACGAUACAUAUUCUAAUUUUUCAUACCCUGAUCAUCAUGACAGUAAUAGUAAUUCCAUACUUGGCUUACCAGAGCCGUUACAACCGUCUGGUUACUAUGGCGGGAGCCACCUGGGUGGUUAUAGCAGUUCCAUCCAGGAAAAUUUCCCAAAUUUUAGGAUACACCAUGAGCAUUCGGACUCAGGUUUGGGAGUCGACCAGGAUUGUGAUGGAAAGCGACCGCAUCAGAACAGAAUGAACUGAAACUUAGCUUUAAUAUGUAGUUGAGUUAUUGUCGUGUUACCCCUAAGUCUUUCCAAAAAAUAACUUAUAAUUUGUAUUAUAAUUUAAUAAUUUAUGAUUUUUAUAUUUUGUUACCUAAUUUCUCGACCUGUACAGCUUCUCUAAUUUUUUUUUUUCAUUGUUUGACUUGUCUAAGUUACCUUAUCUCGUUGGGCUUUUUAACUUAUAUUUUUGCUGUUUAAUCCUUCCUCUUUAUUCAGUAUUUUAAU